AUGGCAUUUAAAGGCCUCCAUUUCUAUUUCCUACCUCUCUGAGUUAUUUCAUUGAAGCGCACUCAACGUUCUACACUGAAGCGUUCUCCGUUGAGUCUAAUUCUUAUAUCCCCCAUUGAAGCAGCUUCUAAGGUAAUGAUUCUGAUUCAUUAAGAAUUGCUCUUUGUGGCUUGGUAUUGAGGGUCCUCCAAACAAAAGUAGUGGUCUAUGUGCGACAUGCCAUGCAAAAUUCGAAGAUUGUCCGGGACAUUAUGGAUGUCUAACUCUAGCACUACCUGUUUUUAAUAUUGGCUAUAUUGGUGCCAUUCUAGAUGUUUUGAAGUGUAUUUGCAAGCAUAUUCGACGGACUGCUAUUUUCCACCGGGUAUACAACAUCAAGAAUACAACUUCUUUAAUUUUCAACGAAGUCUCCGCAUUUUCAAGAUGUUGAGGCCUCAUGACAAUGUACAAUUCACUAAGCAACCAUAUAUCGAGGACAAUGAGCCUCGCCGAAUUGAUAGCAUAAAGUUUUCGAUGUUUUCGGCAUCAGAGAUUGGUAAAAUAUCGGAAGUUGAAGUUUUCAAAGGUCUUUAUUAUGAUGCCCAGAAAAGGCCUAUUGCCAAUGGUCUAUUGGACCCCAAAAUGGGUCCUCCAAACAAAAGUAGUGGUCUAUGUGCGACAUGCCAUGCAAAAUUCGAAGAUUGUCCGGGCCAUUAUGGAUGUCUAACUCUAGCACUACCUGUUUUUAAUAUUGGCUAUAUUGGUGCCAUUCUAGAUGUUUUGAAGUGUAUUUGCAAGUCUUGCUCACAUAUCCUGCUACCAGAAAAAGAACGUAAAGAUUUCUUAAAGAAGAUGAGAAAUACCAAGCUUGAUUCACUGCAGAAAACUGAUCUGAGGAAAAAGAUCAUAAAGAAGCUGUCCACCAAAGUGGAAGUGCAGUGUUUGAGAUGCGGAUCCUUGAACGGAAAGGUCAAGAAGGGCAAAACUGCAUUACAAAUAGUUCAUAGUCGUCCAAAACAGGAUAAAACCCAAGAAGAUAAUGGAUACUCCUCUCCUCUCAUAAAUCCACAUGAUGCUUUAUUAUUGUUUAAUCAAAUGCUGGAUCAGGAUUGCGAGUUGCUCUAUUUAAAUAAUAGACCGGAGAAUCUUAUAAUUACCAACAUAUCUGUUCCUCCAUUGGCCCUUCGUCCGUCUGUUUUUGUUGAUGGAGGAAUUCAAAGCAACGAAAAUGACAUAACUGAAAGGUUAAAGAGAAUUAUUCAAGCAAAUGCUUGCCUUCAUCAGGGUCUGCAAGAACCUAGCAGCUCAUCUAAAAUUCUGGAUGACUGGGAUUACCUUCAAGUUGAAGUGGCUCAAUACAUAAACAGCGAUGUACGUGUUGCUUUACAAUCCCAACAACCUACAAAGCCAUUGAGUGGGUUUGUUCAACGUCUAAAGGGGAAACAGGGACGCUUUCGUGGAAAUCUGUCUGGGAAGCGUGUUGAAUUUACUGGAAGGACUGUCAUUUCACCUGAUCCUAAUUUGAAAAUUACGGAGGUUGCCGUUCCACUGCUAAUGGCAUCGAUUUUGACUUACCCUGAAUGUGUAAACCAUCACAAUAUCGAAAAGUUGAGGCAGUGUGUACGUAAUGGGCCAAAGAAGUAUCCGGGUGCAAAGUUUGUCAUAGAGCCCAAUGGGGACAAAAAGGACUUAUCAUUUUCUGCUAGAAAACGGAUUGCUGAUGAGUUGAAGUUUGGCUACAUUGUCCAUCGUCACCUGGAAGAUGGUGAUGUUGUUCUUUUUAACAGGCAACCUAGUUUGCAUCGGAUGUCUAUCAUGUGCCACAGGGCUAGAAUAAUGCCAUGGAGAACUUUGAGAUUCAAUGAAUCUGUUUGCAAUCCGUACAAUGCUGAUUUUGACGGUGAUGAGAUGAAUAUGCAUGUCCCACAAACACAGGAGGCCCGAGCAGAGGCUUUAUUGUUGAUGGGGGUUCAAAACAAUCUAUGUACACCGAAAAAUGGAACUAUUUUGGUUGCUUCUACUCAGGAUUUCUUGACUUCGUCUUAUUUAAUUACUAGAAAGGACACAUUUUAUGACCGUGCAACAUUUUCUCUUAUGUGUUCUUAUAUGGGAGAUGGAAUGGAAAUCAUCGAUUUGCCAACACCAGCCUUGAUUAAGCCAGUUGAGCUUUGGACGGGUAAACAAUUAUUUAAUGUUCUAUUACGUCCAAAUGCACAGUUGAAAGUCUUUGUAAAUCUUAUGGUGAAAGAGAAGAUAUAUUGCAAAAUUGAAGGUAGAGAUCCUAAGCACGGCAAGGAGGAAACCAUGUGUCCGAACGAUGGUUUUGUUUACUUCCGCAACAGUGAACUAAUGUCUGGGCAACUAGGAAAAACUACCUUAGGAAAUGGCAAUAAAGUUGGGCUUUUCUCUGUCCUUGUUCGAGACUAUAAUGCGCAUGCUGCUGCUGCUUGCAUGAAUCGAUUAGCAAAACUGAGUGCUAGAUGGAUUGGUAAUCAUGGGUUUUCAAUUGGCAUUGAUGAUGUUCAACCAGGGAAAAAAUUGGCUGAGCAAAAACACUCUGAUAUAGUCAAGGGAUAUAAAACAUGUGAUGAGUUAAUAAAAUCCUUCAACGAGGGAGAGCUGGCUUGCAUGCCCGGAUGUGAUGCAUCCCAAACUCUUGAGGCAAAAAUAACUAAAGUGUUGAAUGAAAUUCGUGAAAUAGCAGGAAAGGUUUGCAUGAAAGAGCUCCAUUGGAGGAAUAGCCCAUUAAUCAUGUCACAAUGUGGCUCAAAAGGUUCCCCAAUCAAUAUCAGCCAAAUGGUUGCAUGUGUAGGUCAGCAAGCAGUUGGAGGGCGCAGAGCACCUGAUGGCUUCAUUGAUCGCAGUCUACCACACUUUCCUAGAAAUUCCAAGACUCCAGAAGCUAAGGGUUUUGUGGCUAAUUCUUUUUACAGCGGCUUGACAGCUACAGAGUUUUUUUUCCAUACUAUGGGAGGGAGAGAAGGCCUUGUGGAUACAGCUGUGAAAACUGCUGACACUGGUUAUAUGUCACGUAGACUGAUGAAAUGCCUGGAGGACCUAGCAGUUCAUUAUGACAUGACUGUAAGAAAUUCUAAUGGAACUAUUGUUCAAUUUUUUUAUGGUGAUGAUGGUAUGGAUCCGGCUCAAAUGGAAGGGGCAGAAGGAUUUCCGCUGGAUUUUGAGCGGUUGCGAUUCAAAGUGGAGGCUACUUGCCCUGCAAGGGGAAAUAUGAAUCUGUCUCAUACAGUAAUCUCUGAAAUCAUAGAUAAGAGGCUUUCAGAUUAUGAUAUGACUACUGGUGGUGGUUGCUCCGGUGCCUUCAAGAUGAAGUUAUUAGAUUUUUUCAAUAAAUUAUCUGAAAGAAAAUGCUAUGUUUCUGAGCAGCAACUGCAGGUGUUCUUGGAUGCUUGCAUUUCUCGGCUUCGUUUAAAAAGGAUUGAAGCUGGAACUGCUAUUGGAGCAAUUGGGGCUCAGAGUAUAGGAGAGCCAGGGACGCAAAUGACUUUGAAAACUUUUCAUUUUGCUGGGGUUGCCAGCAUGAAUGUUACCCUUGGAGUUCCUCGUAUCAAAGAAAUUAUUAAUGCAAGCAAAAAGAUAAGCACGCCAAUUAUCAUGGCAAAACUUGAGAAUGAUAGUUGUAUGGAGAUUGCGGAAACUGUAAAGGGUCAAAUUGAAAAGACAUUGUUGGGCCAGGUUGCGAAGAGCAUAAAGCUUGUUAUGACUUCAAGCAGAGCCUCUGUCGUUGUUAAACUUGACAUGAAAAAAAUUAAUGCUUUACGACUGUGUAUAAAUGCCUAUACUGUCAAGGACAAUAUCGAAAGAUCUUUGGCGAAGCGGAAGAAUGACAAACUGAAUGUUAACGUUUCUGAUGAGGUGAAGCUGGAUGUCAUGCCAGAUUGUGAUAGGCAUACUGCUCAUUUUGUACUACAUCGUCUUAAAAAUAAGCUCUCCACUAUUGUUGUUAAGGGUAUUGAUACCAUUGAACGAGCAAUUAUUGCUGAUGUGGAAGGGGAGAAGGGGAAGCUCAACUUGAUUGUUGAAGGGACGGGGCUUAGGGAGGUCAUGGGGAUUCAAGGAGUUGAUGGAUGCAAAACAGAGAGCAAUCAUAUUAUUGAAGUCCAACAAACUCUUGGAAUAGAGGCUGCAAGGAGUUCUAUCAUCAGAGAAAUUAACAAGGUCAUGCAAAGUCAUUCUAUGGAUGUAGACAUACGCCAUAUGAUGCUGCUCGCUGAUGUGAUGACAUUUAAGGGGGAGGUUUUAGCAGUUACUAGAGUUGGGAUUGCUAAAAUGAAAGAAAGUAUACUGAUGUUGGCAUCUUUUGAAAAAACUGCUGAUCAUCUUUUUAAUGGUUCUGUGAAUGGGAGGGAAGAAAAAAUUGAAGGAGUUAGUGAAUGCAUCAUCAUGGGUGUACCAAUGCAGAUUGGCACUGGAAUUUUGAAGAUUAUGCAGAGAAAUGAUUUUCUGCCAGCACUCAAAUACGCAUCAGAACCGAUAGUUUCUUGAUUGAUUAAGUAAGAGCCAAUGAUAGAACAAGCAACAUCAAUUUAAUGUUUAAAAUGCAAAGACCAGGAUGGUUAUAUAGCAACUGUGACCUGAAAUUGGCCUGAUCUUAUCUGGAACUAUUUGAUUGCAUACAACCCUGAUUUGGGGUUGCUGAAAAAAUCAUUCCAAAUCAGAGAGGUACAUAACUUAGCGUAGCUAAUAAUGUUAUUAAUCAGGAGAACUCUUGUUUACUUAUUAUUGCUCGAGUUCACAAAACUAAUAAUACAUCUGUAAGUGUCACAUUAGUUAUACCGAAUAAUUUAGUGAGCGUGUUCAUAGUUUGAGGAUAGGAGAACUGAAGUACUGAUUAAUCGGAGUUUUUAUUUAUACAGUGAUCAUCACAAUUCUCUUCUGGAUACUAUUUUUGGAAACAGGCUCUAUACUGGUUCAGUUCCGAAGAAGAUGAGGCUACACUUUGAAGAA